AUGCUCGCCUUUGAUAUAGAAACGACUGGAUUAAACUUUUACAAAGAUUCAAUCACCUGCAUAUGCAUCUAUGACCCUGCCAUAGGGAAAGAGAAAAGUUUCCAUUUCACUGUCGGUGACUUCAAGGAAAAGAGGGAGAGAGCGGAAGAGUUCAUGAGAGAGUUGGAUGACGCGGAUCAGAUAUGCACAUUCAACGGGAUACAGUUCGACAUACCAUUUGUACAGGUGCAAUUCAAGGCGGAUCCGGACAGGGUUGCGAUGUGGCUGUUAAAGACAGUAGAUAUAUUUCACAAGUACAAGUCACUCCACAACCAUACAUUCUCGUUGGAUAGCGCGUUGAUGUGUAACAAUCUCAAGACCAAGACUUCGAAUGGUUAUGAGGCGGUCAAGAUGGCGAAGGAGGGCAGGUUGAAGGAGCUUGAGGAAUAUUGCAUGAUGGACACCAAGUUGACGUAUGAACUCACAAUGCUACCGUAUUUCAACGCACCUGAGCAGAAGACAUGGAAGAAACACUAA